GCGCGAGGAUAAUAAGGACCACUUCCCCUUUGUCCCUCUCCCUUCCUGCUCUUCGUCUAUUAUGUCCAUUCCCAUAGCUUUCAUUCGGCCUCGAUCACUUGAGAGUUGAUUGUCCGGGCUACUACGACCAAACCACAAUAUGCGCCCACAUAUCAAUACACUUGCUCGGAAUGUCCCGGUUGCACCGUUAAUACUGCGUCAACGAAGCUCACUUCCUGCCCCUUCAACAUCCGGAGUCAGGGGACACAGCACGGCCGGCGAAUCAGCAUCAGCAUCUCGCCGGCCUCGUGCUCCCCUUUCUCCCCGUCCAACAACCUCCUUGUCUACAGAAAGACAACGGUGGAUGCUCUGGUCAACUGGGCCAGGCAGGGUUCUUUGUGGCCGCUGACGUUCGGACUGGCUUGCUGCGGCGUUGAGAUGAUGCACGUGUCCAUGCCCCGUUAUGACAACGACCGCCAAGGCAUCAUCUUCCGCGCCAGCCCUCGACAGGCCGACGUCAUGAUUGUGGCCGGCACCGUGACCAACAAGAUGGCGCCAGCCGUCCGACUGUGCUACGACCAGAUGCCAGACCCCAAAUGGGUUAUCAGCAUGGGGUCCUGUGCGAAUGGCGGCGGGUACUACCACUAUAGCUACUCGGUCGUCCGAGGAGUCGAUCGGAUUAUACCCGUCGACAUUUACGUUCCCGGUUGCCCGCCCACCCCCGACGCGUUGCUGUACGGAAUCUUUCAGUUGCAGAGGAAGAUGCGCCGGACCAAGAUCACGAGAAUGUGGUAUCGGAAGUAACAACCCAACGGGAAUAACCGUCAGCACCUCCAACCAUGUAUGGAUUGUUAUAGUUACCUCAAAAUAAGGACGAAGCUCUGUGACUCUCGGGGACUGUUUUGAAACUGUAAUAUUUUCAGCUUGUUCUUUCUCCGUCGACUGAGGCAGCAUGACUGAAUCUUAAACCGUUAAACAUGUAAGUCUGGAGGAGCCGUUAGCUAAGUAAAAUACCUUGAUUAGGUACCUACGUACUCCAAAAGCAGGAUCCAUUGAACUCAUCCUCG